CCGAAUGGAAGCGCAAAACAAUGAUGUCGCGAUCGCCGCGCGAUAACCGCGUAUCAGUCGACCGCGACUUCUCCGCGCUCGCGCUGACCUACCGCGACCCCGUGAACCUCGCCCGGGUCUCGUAUCACUCGUAUGCUGCCUCGCCCGACUCGACGCGCAGGUGGAACCGUCGGCGGACGAGCAUUCAUGAUCGACAGAUCGGCACGCCGGUCUCCGUCUCGCCUCCGUGAAGACGUCUCCCUCGGUGAGCCUGAAUCUCUGGUGGACACGGGCACGGGUCCGUUCGGGUCUUGAUUGCGAUCGCCGCAUCACAGAAAUAUAAUAUGACUCCAGAUUUCAUCCUGUGCUGAAAUAGGUGCGAGAAAAUGAUCGGUCUCACGACAGAAAUUCAUCCUUUACUUCUGCAGAUGUCGAAAUUAGAAGCCUCUCAAGUAUCUUGUUUACUUUCGGAGGAUUAUGUAAUUAUGAGAAGGAAAGCUUGUGACGAAAUCCUGCAGAAUCUAGAAGUUUCUCUCAGAAUCCGUGUCUUAAACCAGAAGACUGGACUGGGCUAGAGGACAAAUGUUCAUGAUUAAAUGAUGACGCAACGAGGAGGGCCCUUUCAUAAUCAUCGUCUGAGCUUUCCAAAUAUUCUAACUUGAAAACAUUGGCUCCUAUCGUUCUUAUCUGUCAUUCUGAUACCACUUUAUCAUCAGCUCUGCUAUCUUUAAAAUUUGAAAAACAGGCGAGUUCAGUGGAAAAGUAACACGGUCCGGUCGCCCCAGAUCUCUCUCCGUAAACACCGCAAAGAUUCCACGAGGAGUGAUUCACAGGCCGCUAUCAAGCCGUGAAAAAAACAAAGAGAAAAGGGUCGUCGGAGCGAGGAGUGAACUACGGUGAUAAAGUACAUCCUCACGUUUUCGAAUGAAGUCACGUUUAAAUCACGUUUCGUCGGCUGAUAAGUCUGGAAACUUUUUCUCGCACGAGCAUGCCCCGAUAUGCAGGGUCACCCCAUUGACCUCGACAGUGGCGAAACAAAGAUAAACGGGGAUUACCCAAUUUUGAAGUCCUUCUUGGCGGGCUCGUUCUCCGGAACAUUCUCCACGAUCCUCUUCCAACCGCUGGACCUGGUGAAGACCCGGCUUCAGAGCAGAGUCAACGGCCCUGUCGGAUCGCCAAAAAAUGGAAUGCUGGGCACGGUGUCGCACAUCGUCCAGAAGGAGAAUAUCUUCGGACUCUGGAGGGGCAUGACACCGUCUAUAACCAGAGUGAUUCCUGGCGUGGGUUUGUACUUUUCGUCGCUACACUGGCUGAAGCACGCCUUCAAUCUGGAAGAACCCCUGACGGCUCUGCAGGCCAUUUCUUUGGGCAUUACCGCGCGGUCCAUGUCCGGCGCUCUGCUGAUUCCCAUCACCGUCGUGAAGACGCGGUUUGAGAGCGGCGUUUACAAGUACAGCAGUAUCAGCGAGGCUCUUACGUUGAUCUACAAGCAGGAGGGAGUGAGAGGAUUAUCGAGCGGCCUGGUGCCCACUCUCCUGCGGGAUGCGCCUUACAGCGGUUUAUACCUCAUGUUUUACACCCAAUUGAAAAACGCUGCCACCACAGGCGCGACGAACAACUCGUCGGUACCGGUGCACUUUGGCUGCGGGAUCCUGGCCGGAAUUUUGGCGUCCAUCGUGACGCAACCGCCGGAUGUUGUCAAGACGAAGAUGCAGUUAUACCCGAACGAAUUCAACAGUAUCUAUCACGCGACGUUAUUCGUAUACAAAAAGUACGGUGUCUUAGGAUAUUUCAAGGGUAUCGUUCCUAGAAUGCUGAGGCGGACUUUGAUGACCACCAUGGCUUGGACCGUAUACGAACAGGUUACGAGGCAAAUUGGCUUGAAGUAAAUACGCUGUUGCACAAAUUAUUUUAUAUCGGAAAAUUGUGAUAUACAGUAUUAGCAUAGACUGUUUAUAUAUUAUUGUUAUGUACGUAUAAGCUCGCAUAUAUUUAUUUAAUAAAUUAUAUAUUUUUGUAAA